AUGGAGCCACAACCGAUCAGAGAAGCCAUCCUUGAGAUUAGCCAAACGAUCAAGCGGAAUGAGGAGCUUGACAAAAAGCACUUCCCGGGGAUGAGCGACUUGAUGCAAGAUUAUUACGACGGCAAAGUAGACAACGAAGAAACUCUUCGUCGCCUUAUGAAGGUAUACAAAGAUUCCGAGGACGAUGAUUACAGUCAAGUUCUUGACAAGUAUGAUGCGGACGAAAAAGACGCACUGAAUGCGUAUCUGGAUGGAACCAAAUCUAGUGACGAUGCAGCCAAAGAAUUUCUUUCAAGGCCUCCUCUUGUAACUCGAGAGCUUUUUCAGAAGCUCGAGGAGGCAAAGAAAGUACAGGAGAACGUACCAGCACCUAAGCUUGGUCUUCCCAAUGAGGACCCAGGUUCAUCAGGCGACAACCGUGAAUUCCUGCCGGAACCCGGAAAGAAAUUUGGGAAGUACCAGGCAGUUUUCAUUGAGGGUGAGAAGGAGCCCAUCCCUGGACUUCGGAACCUUAAAUUUGAAAACUGGGGAAGAACCAUCCAAAACACGCCCCAAUGGACUUUCUUGCCAGAUAAACCAGACGAUGUACGCAUGGUCGUAAAACACGCACAACAAAAUAAGAAAGGCGUCCGAGUAUCUGGAUUCCGCCAUUCUUGGUCUCCGAUAUUCGGUAGAGGGAACGAUCAAGGGCAAGGUAAAAAUCAGAACACUUUAAUCUCCACCUUAGACCUGAGCACGGCAUCGAUUCUCCCAAAUUUUACAGCUGAGCCGUGGAGGGAAUUACCGGAGCCUAUUCAGCUAAAUUCCAUUACCGAAAGAAAUGCCCAAUUUGUAAACGGGCCAGACCUGGGAAAUGGUAAGAAAUAUGUGAGGAUUGGGACUUCGGUCACCCAUGAGCAGCUUCGCCGUUGGUGUAUAUUGAACGACGUUACUCUCCCAAUGAGCAUUAUCAUGGUUGAGAUCACCGCGGGUGGGAGCAAUGCACCAAUCUGUCACGGUGGAGGCAUACGACAUAAGACUAUGAGUGAUAUCGUUAGAAAGAUUGAGUAUGUCGACGCGAAUGCAAACUGCCAAGAAGUAGACAUGUCCACCCCGGAUCUCCUCAAAGCGGUCGCUGGCUGUUUCGGCCUGGUUGGUGUCGUCACUCACAUAACCUUGGAGCUUGACGGCAUGACCGCAGCGGUUCUACGGCCCAAGCUCGUCGACGUUAUUGAUGCCGUGCCACCGCCUCCAGAGAUGAAGCACGAAGAUAUCCCCAAGGCAAUUCGCCCGAAGAGGCCGCGAACCGACGAGGAGAAGCGAAAGGCGCAGGAAGAGUUCGAACGCAAGGCAAACUCAGACUAUUAUUCUGAAUGGUUCUGGUUCCCUUACUCUGGAAAAGUCUGGGUUAAUUGUUGGUCUAAUGACACGGAUCUCAGAAAUUUGGAGGAUUUUCCCGGUAAAUGGGCGGCGGCCCAGCAGAUCUGGGGCACGAUUGCUGUCGCACUUACGCAGAAGGCUAAAAAGGCUUGGAGUUGGUUCAUAUCAGAGUAUCAUCAAACUAUAAUGCUGACUUGGUUGGCGGAGCAAAACCUGCUUCAAAUCGGUGACAAAGAAAAGCCAAUUCGCACAGCCCUUCCGAAUGCAUUGCAUUUUCAAAGAGGAAUACAGAAUAUUCAGGUCCGCGAUCUUGAGAUCGAACUUCCUUUGCACGCUAAAAAAGAUAACCCUAAUGCUCGGGAUUAUACCAACGUUCAACGCGCCUGGUGGAAAGCUAUCAUCGAAGCUUAUAACAAUACCGAGCAGAGCCCGAUGCGUAUGCCACUUGAGAUGCGCAUGGUGGGUGACAGCGACAUCAUCAUGGCGCCUCAGCGCGGUAACAAGCUUGGAACAUGCGCCAUUGAGAUCCUCACGCUUAAAAGCGCUGGUGAAGAUGGAACAUGGCAGCCCUUCGCGCAGAAGGUUCUCGACAUCUGGAUGCGUGACUGCAGCAGGGACAAUGAUGGCAACAAGCUCAACGUCCGCCCCCAUUGGGCGAAAGAGUGGGAUAAUUUCAAAGUCGAUGGGAAACCAUGGCGUGAGGUGCUCAAGAAUGAAAGUUACAAAGACCAGAUUGUGGAGUUCAAGUCUGCUUUGACUAAACUCGGGGAAAUCCAAGGGUGGACAUUGAGCGAUAUUAAGGAAAGAUACUCGAACGAGUUGUUCGAUUAUCUAUUUUUCGAUGAUGUUUGA